AUGUUAUUGAUUGUUCCUCCUGAUACCAACUUCUCAGAUACUACUACGCCUCGUUUGAUAUCGAAUAUCGGUAGUUUAUCUCGUCUCGAUGCUUCUGCUAUUCACGACGCUGGACUCAGUGAUUCAGUACAUGUUAUUUGUUUACAAUUCGAUCUGAUUACCAAGGGGCUUAUUCUUACAAAGAAGAAGAACACUACAGCCAUUAAGCCUCGGAAUUACACCUCAAAAGAGUUGAUCCGUGGCUUUGAAUCUCUAUCCGAUACGAAAACAUUCACUGUGUAUAUCAAGCCAAAUGAUUAUGCACUAGUGGGUUUGGAAGAAGUUCGUAGUCGCUUAAGCAAUACUGAUAUUCCUACCGAUAUACACACAAUAAAGGAAAUAUACGUCGAGCAAAUGCCUGAAUUAGUGGAAUGGAGCAGACUUUACCCAGUAUCACUACUACCAUCAUACACUAAGAAUCCUCAGCCAUCUCCGGAAAUACAGGUUCCCCUGUCACCAAUCAUUUUCGAACAGGACACGCCAUUAAUCACUACUAUCAAAGCAGUGAUUGCAGAAACACCGGGUCGAACUCCAAUCAGCCCUACCCCUACAUCGGUACAUGGCAUUUUCUCUCCUAGCCGUGGAGAGUUGUCGGAUGGUGAAGUGAACUUGGAUGAUAUGGAAAAGCAUUCGAGAUAUAUCGAGAUGGAUUCCGAUAUAGAUUCGGAUGAGGAACGGCUCGCUAGCCUCUAUUCUCGGGAACUAAGUCAGCAACUCGCACACGAUUCAAAAGUAUCACAACUGCUUAGCUCGAAGUUGUUAAAAUGGAUGCAAACAGCAAUACGAAUAAACUCAAAUAUUCACGAACACAAACGUUUGAUUACCAAGUUUUCAACUCUAGGUAAUUGUAUUCGCACAUCAAAUGCUACCGUAUUUGAUGCUACUUUACUCUGGUGUUCUGCAUUGUUUUUCUAUGAUCCACUUGAUUCUGAUCCUGAUAAUACUCUCGGGUUAUGGCAGGAAAGGAAUUCAUGGCUCAUUUCAGAUAUAGCUAGGUUGAUUCAAUGGGCUAAUAGAAUGCAGCAUGACGUCGAGAUGAAUUCGUUGUUAAAGCAUUUUACAAAGCUGGGUGAUACUGCUCGUACUGUUGCUUUGGACAUUAGCUGCAACAAAGACAAAUACUAUGAUCAGAAAAGUGCUUGUAUUGUUUGUAUAUUGGCAGAGUUUGGCAAGCUGGGGGGUGGUAGUGGUGGUAAUAGUGAUAGCAAGGAGAACAACAAAACCGUUUGUCGAAAACGGAAAGGCUUGGGAGCUCAUGGCACUACUUCCAAGCUAAUCAAAAUGUAA